GCCUUGCAAGGAGGUCGGCGAUAAAAGCACAUUAUCGAAACAGGAAUUGCACGGGGGACCCUGCGCGCGAGGCAGAGGAGGGCUUGGCCUCACAAAACACAGUCUCGCGGUUACUUUCCCCCUAACCUCCACUCAAGACUUCCUCCCCGGAACCAGAGCACUUUAAGUUAACACUUUGGAAACCGGGGAACCGGUUUACUCCGCGUGCGUCCUCUCUGUUCUCGCACUUUUACCACACCGCUCACGCUGUUACCCGAAUCGAAUGGUUCAGUUUCGCGCCAAACGUGGGGGCAGAAUGUGAGCUCGCGCGUCGUGAACGGCAUGAUCGUGUCCAAUGCGAGCUUCGGCUGCCCGAGCUGUCCCGCGCUAGGAGACGGAGAUGUCGGUGGUGGUGGCGGCGGCGGCACGGGCUCUCUCACGCGCACGGGACAACUGGUGGUUGCCGUGUGUCUUGGGGUCAUCGGCACCUUAGGGUUCCUCAACAACUUCAUCGUUAUCACUUUGUUCUGCCGCUACCGGACGCUGCGCUCACCCAUCAACUGCAUGCUCGUGAGCAUCUCGGUGAGCGACCUGCUCGUGAGCGUGCUGGGAACGCCGUUCAGCUUCGCGGCGAGCGCCCAGGGCCGGUGGCUGAUUGGACGCAGCGGCUGCGUUUGGUACGGGUUCGUUAACGCGUGUUUGGGCACGUACGUCCACACGCCCCCACACACGCACACCCAGAUCUGUGUGACCCUUUCAGUCUUCAGUUCCUCCCAGCCCAUGAGCAUGGCAAAGUUCUACAGGUUCUUCCGGGCCUUCCUGAGUUGCUCCGUGCCCCAGCGGGGUUCCAGCUACAAAACGUCGAGGUCCGUGCAUACGGGUCGCCGUGGCAACAACAAAACCCGCCAGUUCUCGGGCCCGCCCCAGUCCCUGGCUCCGCCCACUCACCCAUCCGACCAGGACACCUCCGAGAGGGCCAAUCACGUACCGGCAUUCAAGGUGGCAUCCCAGGGUUCCACGGUCACGGUUGCCAGGCCUAAGGUGAACCUGGUGGCAUACUACAGGGAGUAG